AGACUCCAGUGAAUUAUUUGGAUUCAGAUAAUCCCUCUCCCACGUUACCAUGAAGCAGCUGAUAAUAAUAAUGCUGAUAAUCUGCGCAGUCGCGGCAAAAAUAAAGGAUAUGGAAAAGUCUAACGCAGAGCUAUGUUGCUGUUAUAACCGUUGCUGUACAUGUCGCAAUAAGGAAGACAAGGUACGCCAUGUUACUAAGAAGGAAACAUAUAUAGAUUGUUAUACUAUAAUAUUUGGCAAGCAGCUUCAACCAUUUUAUUAUUAAUUCAUUAUUAAUUAAUUCUAUUAUAACAACAAAGUCAAAUGUUUCAAACCAGUAAACCCCCAGGGAGUUUUCAAACAAAAAUAUUUGGUGCCUAAACUCACUGGUGCUGAUAUACAGAACUAAUCUCAAAGUAUUUAAAGGGUUAUUUUAAUCCUUUGCUGCAAUUAGACUUUGAAGGCCUACAAUGCCCUUUUGGGCUUUGCUAUUAGGUCGCCCCUCUUGAAAUGUAAAAAAAAUAGUGUAAUUAGUGUGAUCAGCUCCCAGCGCAGAUCACCCUCCUCCAUCUGAUGUCAGCCUUGCACAGUCCAAUCACAGACUUCUCAUAGAGGGAGGAGGAAGAGGGAUUUUGUGAAAGAGGGAAUUCUAAUUAAACCUAAAAUAAAUAAAGUAACAGUAUUUGCAGUGUUUCAAGCUGAAUCCCUACACAUUCAGCACCUACCACCACAACCACUUCAAAUUGCUCAUGGUGGUUGGAGAAACCCAUUACAUAGAAUACACAUUUUAGAGCUUAACAAAAUUUGAUUUGCUAUUGAUUCUGUUUGUAUUUUCUCAUGCAUUUUGACAAGGAUUUAGCAAAAUUCCUUUUUAUUAUGAUCUUUGACGUGCCAUUUGUCACAAAGCCCUCCUUUUUUUAUUUCGCUGUGUGUCAGAUAUAAGUAUGUGACGAUAAGUAGUUUUACUAGAUAAUAAAUAUAUAAAUUAUUAUCCAUUCUUCAGUUGGUUUUACAUAAAACUCUUCUCUCGCUGUAGGUAAAAACCAACGAGGAUUUAGGAUCUGGUGACGAAGCCAAUCAAGAGUCUGCUGCUAAUAAUACGCUGAAAAUUACUAGUCCUUUAAAAACUGCAGCCCUCGAUGUGUUUGAUUGCAUGUUAUAUAGAAUCCAGAAUUGUGCCUGAUACAAUGUAACAACACUGUAUUAUUUAUUGAUCACAUACGUGUACAAAGACAAACGGAGACAGGAAUCAAACACUGAUUAUUUUCUUUUUAUUCAAUAAAAUACAUGCAAUGUUUCCCC